GGCACGCGCGGCGCGCGGCCCCGCCGCGGUGCGGAAGAUGGCGGCGGGAGCGCGCGGCGGGAGCGCGGCGCUGCGGCGGCUGCGGGGCGGGGGCGCGGGCGCGGCCCCGCGGGGCGCGCGGGGGUACUCCCGGGACGUGGAGGGCAGCUGGUUCCGCUCCCUCUUCGUGCACAAGGUGGAUCCCCGCAAGGACGCCCAUUCCAACCUCCUGUCCAAGAAGGAGACCAGCAACCUGUACAAGAUCCAGUUCCACAACGUGAAGCCGGAAUGCCUGGAAGCCUACAACAAGCUGACAGAGGAGGUGCUGCCCAAGCUCCACUCGGACCCCGACUACCCCUGUGACCUGGUGGGCAACUGGAACACGUGGUACGGCGAGCAGGACCAGGCAGUGCACCUGUGGCGCUUCUCGGGCGGGUACCCGGCGCUCAUGGACUGCAUGAACAAGCUCAGGCAGAACAAGGAGUACCUGGAGUUCCGCAAGGAGAGGAGCCGCAUGCUGCUGUCCCGCAGGAACCAGCUGCUCCUGGAGUUCAGCUUCUGGAACGAGCCCCAGCCCCGCCAGGGACCCAACAUCUACGAGCUCAGGACCUACAAGCUGAAGCCAGGCACCAUGAUCGAGUGGGGCAACAACUGGGCUCGGGCCAUCAAGUACCGCCAGGAGAACCAGGAGGCAGUCGGGGGGUUCUUCUCCCAGAUCGGGGAGCUCUACGUGGUGCACCACCUCUGGGCCUACAGGGACCUGCAGUCCCGGGAGGAGACCAGGAAUGCGGCCUGGAGGAAGCGGGGCUGGGAUGAGAACGUUUAUUACACCGUGCCGCUGAUCCGGACCAUGGAAUCCCGGAUAAUGAUUCCCCUGAAGAUCUCCCCCCUGCAGUGAUUUGGGGCCGUGCCGGGGGGGGCUCCCUGCACCCCCAGGGGCUCCCUGCCCUGGCCCUGCUGGGGGGUUCUGCUCCCCCCGGCCCCCAGCUCUGCCCCCACCCCAUUUUGGGGUGCCCUGGGGGGGCUGGGAGCCGGGAGGGGAAGGUGGGAGCCCCCCAUCCUGUGGUGCUGCUGGGGGGGCUGUGGAGGUGGGGGGGCUUAAUUGCUCUUGAUGAGCCCAGCGGGUGCCUUUGCUGCCAAUUAAAUAUUUAAUAUGCUAAA